AUGAUGUACUGGUUGCUUGCGCGGGAGGUGCUGCGCCUGCGCGCCACGAUUGUGCGCUCUGUGCCGUGGGAGGAGAAGGUGGACCUCUUCUUCUACCGCGACCCCAACGAGGCUGCGGAGGAGAAGGCCGCUGCUGCCGCUGCGGCGCCCGCCGCCGAGGUGGAGGAGGGCUUCGGGUGGGUGGAGCGCAACGACGACAACGCGUGGGAGGCGUAGGGUUAACUACGGACACAUGGUGAUGGAGACACUGUUUUUCUUACGAUUUAUCCCGCACCGCAUGUACCGUCGCAAGACGCAUUGCACUUCUUUUUGCUCUUACCUUCUUCUUGUGAACUGCGAAGAGGGGGAUGUGUCGAGUGCUGA